AUGAGCAAGAAGAAAGAAGAAAAGGAACACACAAAUUUGUUGCCUGAUUUUGAUGACAUGGAUGAUCAAGAUGAGGAUGAUGGAACAAUAAUUGAUGUUAAGGGUAAAAGAGUAGCAAGUGGAACUGGAAGCAAUAAUAUUCAAUCAAAAAAGAAAAAGCAGAAAGGUCCUAUUGAUUUGUACUUCACCCCUCCUCCGGAACAAAUUGGAACAUCAAAUGUGAUUCAAGUAGUCACUGAUAGUGCCUCUUCUAAUGUUGUGGCAGGGAGAAUAUUGGAGGGAAGGCAUCGACAUUUGUAUUGGUCACCUUGUGCUGCACAUUGUGUGGACUUGAUGUUGGAGGAUAUUGCUAAGAUCCCAAAGAUAAUGAUGACCAUAAAGAGAGUUAUAAUGUUAAAUGGUUAUAUUUAUAACCGUUCGGGUUUGUUGAACAUGAUGGGCGUUAUACUGGACAUAAAGAGUUGCUUAGACUUGCAACGACUCGAUUUGCCACUUCAUUUAUCACGUUAUCAAGCAUCCAUCAUCAAAAGGAUUGCUUGA